UUUAUAGAGCGGAUUUAGCCAAUAACUAGGACAUGAUACUGGCAGGUUUUCCCCAAAGGUGAAGGCAACAUAAUAGGAAAAUUUUCAUCAUGACCGAAGCAUGCUGACCUGGAAAAUUUUCCUAUGGAAUAGAAAGAGGCAUUUUAUACAAGAUGGCAUCAAUGAAUGGAGUGUCUAAUGGUGUAGAGAAUGGUGUGACCAAUGGUGUAGAGAACGGAGUGUCUAAUGGUGUAGAGAAUGGUGUGACCAAUGGUGUCCUGAAGAGAGGUCAACAGGAGACAAAUGGAUUUGCUCAACAUAGUGCUGCUAAAAAGUCUGUCAGUGACACAACAGCCAAUGGAUCUGUAUGUGAGAAUGGCGGCUCAAUUCCAGGCAAGACAGAUCUGGAGUUUCUUAGAAACGUUGUGGACAUUGUGAUUCAAGAUGGGUUGAUUGGUGCUAUGGACAGAGAUACGCGUGUAUGUGAUUUCCAUCAACCAGAGAACUUGAAGAAAAUGUUAAAGGAACUGAAGAUCACAGAGGAUCCUGCAAGUCAAGACAGGCUAUUGAAUAUGUGUAAAGAUGUUAUACAAUACAGUGUGAAGACGUCAAACCCAAGAUUUUUCAACCAGUUGUAUGGGGGCAUGGACCAGUACACACUAGGUGGUGCCUGGGUGACAGAGGCUCUCAACUCUAGUCAGUAUACAUAUGAAGUAGCUCCAGUUUUCACACUGAUGGAAAAGGAAAUCUACAGUAAAAUGCUCCAUUAUAUUGGAUUUGAUGGUGGUGAUGCUAUCUUCGUUCCAGGUGGUUCAAUGGGCAACUUGUAUGGCAUGAAUGUUGCACGCUACACUAAAUUUCCAGAAAUCAAAACCAAAGGAAUAUACAUCUUGAAGAAACCACUCUGUGUCUUCACAUCUGAUAAGGGUCAUUAUUCCGUGAAGAAGAGUUCAGCAAUGAUGGGUCUGGGUACAGACAAUAUAUUCUCUGUGAAGACGGACAAGAAAGGCAAAAUGAUUCCAGCAGAAUUGGAUAACCAGAUCAAUAAAGCUAAAGGAGAGGGUUAUGAACCAUUCUUUGUAAACGCGACGGCAGGUACAACAGUGCUAGGAGCAUAUGAUCCUCUUGAUGAGAUAUCCGAGGUGUGUAAGAAGCACGGGCUCUGGCUGCACGUGGACGGGGCGUGGGGUGGUAGUGCUGCUAUCUCUAAAAAAUAUAGAUGUCUCAUGAAAGGCAUUGAAAAGGCAGAUUCUAUGACCUGGAAUCCACAUAAGAUGAUGGGUGCUCCUCUACAAUGUUCUAUGUUCCUCACUAAACACAAGGGUGUGUUGCAAGACUGUCACUGUGCCAAUGCCAGGUAUCUGUUUCAACAAGACAAGAAUUAUGAUGUCUCGUACGAUACCGGAGAUAAAUCCCUCCAGUGUGGCAGGAAGAUUGAUGUGUUUAAACUAUGGAUGUUAUGGAAGGGAAAGGGAGAUAGUGGAAUGGAGAGAGAUAUUGACCAUCUCUUUAUGCUCUCAAGAUAUUUAUCCAACAAGUUAAAGAAGACUCCAGGAUUCAGACUUAUACAGGAGCCUGAGUGUACAAAUGUAUGUUUCUGGUAUAUACCACCCAGCCUGAGAGGCCAGGAAGAGACCAAGGAAUGGUGGGAUAAACUUGCAAAGGUUGCCCCAGCAAUCAAGGCAGGCAUGAUGCAGUGUGGCUCUAUGAUGAUUGGCUAUAACCCUGACGGAGAUCUUGUCAACUUCUUUCGUAUGGUGCUCUCUAAUUUUGACACUACAACAGAUGAUAUGGAUUUCCUUAUACAAGAGAUAGACAGACUUGGGAGAGAUUUAUGAUUGGAUGAAAUGACAAUUAGGUUAAGAUGUGAAAACAUGAAAAUUUAGAUGUUAAUCAAAUCUUUGUUGAUAAUGGUGCAGUUCACUAGUCGUGUUUUCUGCUAUACUAUUUUGAAACAGUAUUGCAUCAUCUCUAAAGCUUCCAUUGAUUUAGCCACGGCAGCUUAGUUAAAUGUUGUGAAGUUACAGUGCUUGUGAAGAAGAGGUAGAAGGGUUAAUUUUGGUAUUUUUUUGGCACUGCUAUUUAUUUUUUUUAUUGACACUGGUUGUCAUUUAAGGGUUUGUGUGUAUUAAUAGAACUAUGCAUUUGGAUUAAAAUAGUAUACACUUAAUAUAUGUGUAGCUAAAAGUAUAAAUAUGUACCACCAGGAAAAACCUGAAAGUACUGCAUGGCAUUUGGUUAUGAAUGUAAAUCUACAUUCACAAUUUAUAUAUAUAUUGUAAAGUCAGUUUCAUUUGUUGAGGAUUUUCUACAUUUGAGGUAAAUAUCUAAAGGUGUGAUACUUUAAUGAAAGAUGGGCAUUGGGUAUAUUUAAAUUUUGUUGUUUCUUAUCUAUGUUGUAGACAUUGUGUGAGGCAUUUAUGGUUUAAUCAGAUGAUACUCACAUUGUUUUCACUUUAACAUAAUUAUAUUUUCAUCUUUUUAUAAUGAGCAAGCACUUUUAUGCCAGGCCAAGGAUAAAAACUUACCUAUUCUAUGUAAGUGUUAAUAGACUUUGUUACAUAUUUACCACUUUCAUUGUUACUGUCUGUUUUUAGCUCACCUGUCACAAAGUGACAAGGUGAGCUUUUGUGAUCGCGCGGUGUCCGUCGUCCGUCCGUGCGUCCAUGCGUCCGUAAACUUUUGCUUGUGACCACUCUAGAGGUCACAUUUUUCAUGGGAUCUUUAUGAAAGUUGGUCAGAAUGUUCAUCUUGAUGAUAUCUAGGUCAAGUUCGAAACUGGGUCACGUGCCAUCAAAAACUAGGUCAGUAGGUCUAAAAAUAGAAAAACCUUGUGACCUCUCUAGAGGCCAUAUAUUUCACAAGAUAUUCAUGAAAAUUGGUCAGAAUGUUCACCUUGAUGAUAUCUAGGUUAAGUUCGAAACUGGGUCACGUGGGGUCAAAAACUAGGUCAGUAGGUCUAAAAAUAGAAAAACCUUGUGACCUCUCUAGAGGCCAUAUUUUUCAUGAGAUCUUCAUGAAUAUUGGUCAGAAUGUUUAUCUUGAUGAUAUCAAGGUCAAGUUCGAAACUGGGUCACGUAGGGUCAAAAACUAGGUCAUUAGGUCUAAAAAUAGAAAAACCUUGUGACCUCUCUAGAGGCCAUAUUUCUCAAUGCAUCUUCAUGAAAAAUUGGUCAGAAUGUUCAUCUUGAUGAUAUCUAGGUCAAGUUCGAAACUGGGUCACGUGGGGUUAAAAACUAGGUCAGUAGAUCUAAGAAUAGAAAAACCUUGUGACCUCUCUAGAGGCCAUAUUUUUCAUGAGAUCUUCAUGAAUAUUGGUCAGAAUGUUCACCUUGAUGAUAUCUAGGUCAGGUUCGAAACUGGGUCAUGUGGGGUCAAAAACUAGGUCAGUAGAUCUAAAAAUAGAAAAACCUUGUGACCUCUCUAGUGGCCAUAUUUCUCAAUGGAUCUUCAUGAAAAUUGGUCAGAAUGUUCACCUUGAUGAUAUCUAGAUCAAGUUCGAAACUGGGUCAUGUGCGGUCUAAAACUAGGUCAGUAGGUCUAAAAAUAGAAAAACCUUGUGACCUCUCUAGAGGCGAUAUUUCUCAAUGGAUCUUCAUGAAAAUUGGUCAGUAUGUUUACCUUGAAGAUAUCUAGGUCAAGUUCGAAACUGGGUCACGUGGGGUUAAAAACUAGGUCAGUAGAUCUAAAAAUAGAAAAACCUUGUUACCUCUCUAGAGGCCAUAUUUUUCAUGAGAUCUUCAUGAAUAUUGGUCAGAAUGUUUAUCUUGAUGAUAUCUAAGUCAGAUUCGAAACUUGGUCACGUGGGGUCAAAAACUAGGUCAGUAAGUCUAAAAAUAGAAAAAACCUUGUAACCUCUCUAGAGGCCAUAUUUCUCAAUGGAUCUUCAUGAAAUUGGUGAGAAUGUUCAGCUUGAUGAUAUCUAGGUCAGGUUCGUAACUGGGUCAUGUGCGGUCAAAAACUAGGUCAGUAGGUCGAAAAAUAGAAAAACCUUGUGACCUCUCUAGAGGCCAUAUUUCUCAUGAGAUCUUCAUGAAAAUUGGUGAGAAUGUUCACCUUGAUGAUAUCUAGGUCAGGUUUAAAGUGGGUCACGUGCCUUCAAAAACUAGGUCAUUAGGUCAAAUAAUAGAAAAACCUUGUGACCUCUCUAGAGGCCAUAUUUUUCAAUGGAUCUUCAUGAAAAUUGGUCAGAAUUUUUUAUCUUGAUGAUAUCUAGGUCACAUGUGCUCAAAAACUAGGUCACUAUGUCAAAUAAUAGAAAUAACGAUGUCAUACUCAGUUGAACACUGGGUCAUGUGGAGAUAGGUGAGCGAUUCAGGACCAUCAUGGUCCUCUUGUUGUAAUACAUACACAUACACCUGGCUCUGUUACACAUAUCUUUUUAUGUCCACCAAUGUCAUAGACCUGGAAGACACAUAGUAUUUGAACUGUUGUCCUGUGUUCUGUCUGUGAUCUGUCACAGUUUCUUCUGUACUGCUACAGCUUGACCUUGUGUACUCUACACCUGUCACCUGUGUACUGAACUCCACUUACAGUUUCCCUUCAGUUCAGAUGGAACUUUGUAUCCUUUAUCAUCGUAAAGUAUACAUGGUGAUAUUGUUUGGUAUUGCUUAUCAGUUUUUUUUUUGGCAGUUGACCUCUUUGUUUACUUUAUAUUUUUUCAGUCAAACAUUUUCAGAGGGCCUGUUUCAUAAAAUGUUGAUAACAUAUUUAUUCCAGUUUGAAAUUGGCCAAGACUUUUAUUUAACAAGCCUGUUAACCCAUUUCCUCUUCUAUGCAACUGUGACAUUUGUUGUUGUUAUUGUUUAGUAUAAGAUCUGAAUUUUUUCAUUAUCGUAACCUCUAAGGUUUGUCUUAUUUAACCCUUAUCCUGCUAAAUUUCUAUAAUGAACUUGUCUAUCUUUCAAUAUGGAUAGAACCAUUAGCUGUUAAAAGGGGUGCUUACCAAAAAGAUACUGACUGAAUAGCGAACAGUGCAGAUCAUGAUCUACACUGGUUGCAAAGGCAGAAUCAGUCGUGUCCAGCAUGAUGAGGGUUAAGUUCUGUUACAAGUUAAAUGUUGAUGGUAUUUCAUUGAUGGCUAUAACUGUACAGCAUGUCGGUGAUAUAUUAUUUUAACAUGGCUUGAUUUUUUAUCAGUUUAACACAGAAGGAAGUCGAGCAUGAUAUAUUCUGCAGUAAAUAAUGUUUUGAUGUGCGGACUGCUGAGAGAACAUGACGUAAAGUGGCCGCUUGACACCAUGCUCAUAACCUUAAGGUGGAAUGGAGGUUACCUUUUUUCAUUGUGUUUUAAUGAGAUUGUUAGAAUGAAAAUGAGCAAGCCUCAUUGAGGUUUAUCGUCUGAUUUACCAUGGUUAAUCCUUCAGGUACUGGGAUAUUGAACAACCCGAGCCAGUGCUUGAGUGGUUCAUUUCCUUUGCAUCUUUAAUUUGACCUGUGGUAAAUCAUACAAUAAACAACAUGAAGAUGCUGAGUAUUUAAUGAUUUAAGUGAUGAUAUUAUGGCUUUCAAAUAAUUAUAUUGAUAUAUUAUGAAGUGCUGUUAUUAUGUCAUGUUAUUAUUGUAUGCAACUUAUUGUAAAACUUCACUUGCGUAAUAUAUAUAUAGAAAAUUCACUGCCUUAUCCAGAAAAGCUGACGUUUAGGCUUCAUUAUUGGUUGAAAUCAUAGAUUACCACUAAAGGUAUCUUGGGUAUUUCUCUGGCAAUGAGGUACCUAAAAAUGUAACUGUUUUGGCAGUUGACAUUAUUUUUGAGAUAUUACUAUAUAUUGAUACAAGAUUUUUCCGAUCAGUAGCAGCUGUGCACUGUAAAAAUAAGGAAGUAUUUAAUGGCGUUUGAAUGGGUUGUUAUUUGACAAAAUGUCAUAUAGAUACUGACAUGGUUUCAGUAUAGUAAAAUAUUUUCCUCUUUAUUUACUUUUAGUUUGUGCAUAAUACAUUUUCUGAAAUUUCAUACUUUGCUAUCUUUAAAUUUUGUACACGAGUCUAUAUAGUGAACCACUGUGUGUAUUUUAACAAAAAUUUAUUGUAAUAUGGUUUGAUUAUACAUGAAUCGGUUGACAUAAUUAUUACAUGUAACAAUAAAUAUGCCAGGACCCAAGAUAUGUGAAUAAAUUGUUGAUAAUUA